AUGUCAGUUGCCACUCCCACAGAAAUACCUAAAAGUAAUGAAACACAAGUUAGGAAAAGAAGAAAAGUCAGUACCGUGUGCACAAACUGUAAAAAACGAAAGAUAAGAUGUGAUCGUCAACAUCCAUGUAAGAAUUGUAUUAAAAGCAAAAAACAUAGUGCCUGUGUUUACGAUGACGGACAAGUUAGUCCUGCAAAUCUCCCGACAAAUGGAUCAUCACACGGAAUAAUUGUCCCAGAAUCCCGACCAUAUGAAGAUAGUGCAAAAAUCCCCAUCAGGUUUAAUAACGAGGUUUCUCGAAAGAAACUGAAGCCGGUAACACCAAAUAAUGAACAUAAAACUACAAAGAAAUCACGUGAUAAAACCAAGGUCAGUAAUCCACAAACAGCCUCUGAAAAUGAAGUCACUAUAUCGUUAAGUGAAUUGAAUAUGUUAAAGCAAAGACUACAGAACAUAGAAGCCAAUAUCAAUGCUCAAGCCAACAACCCCUCUUUUGUUCCACCGAGCUCACCCUAUCCCACUCAACCAAACAUCUUGCCGCCACCAGUUCUGUUCAGUUCUUGGAGUCCUAAACAAAGUAAUGAUAGGAUUAUGUUUAACCCUCAACAGAGGUUGACUACUAAUUACAAUGUAUCCAACACAAGAGGGCAAUCUCCUUCUAUUCAACUACCUCCACUUUCUUUUAAAGAUACCCCACGGGGAAGUAUAGAUUCAGUUCGCUUAUAUAGUGAGAUGUCACCACCACGAAGCGAUUUGAUUGAGUCAAGUUUGACUUCUCCAGAGUCAAUUCAAUUGCCUGUUUCUGGUGAUAUUGUGGGGGUUAACCCUUAUUUGAACGAGACAGAGACCAUCAAUUUUUAUGAUGGCUACACAUCCAUUUGUGUUCGGGAUUUUCGAAGAGUCAACCAUGGACCUUUUGCAUGGUCUUCAUUGAUGAGGAAAGAUAAAGCUUUGAGUUCAUUAUGGAAUCACAUACUCAAGAAGAAAGAGAAAAAGAAUGAGGAAUCACAAACGUUUGUCUUUGGUCAAGAUAUGCAUGAAAUAUCACAAGAAAACACUCAGUUGGUGGCAAGCGAAUCUAAUGAAUCAGAAACAAAGUUCAAAAAGAAAACACUAGAAACUUUUGGUUUCAGUGAUGUUGUUCCUUAUGACAUAUUGAAAAAGAAACUUCAAACUCAAAUUAACAAAACAACAUUGCCUUUGGGAUUAACUUUAUAUGAAGAGCAAGUGAACAUGGAAUUGCAGUUGGUUGACAGAAUUCAUCAGCAAUUGCCGAAAAAGAAAGUUUUAUGGAAAUUGAUUGACAGGUUUUUCAGUUUGCUUUACCCAUUCAUGCCAUUCUUGGAUGAGAUUGAUUUCAGACAAAGCGUUACUAAGAUCAUAGGCGAGAAAGAAUAUAAAGAUGAAAAAAUAAAAGAGUUAAAGGUAGAAAAACGAUUGGAUUUGGCAGUGAUUGGUGUUUUGCUUAUUAUACUUCGUAUGAGUUAUUUGUCCUUAUUUUGUAACAAAGAAAGUGUAAAUGAAAUGAGAUUGAAAACCACUGAUCCAUCUCCUGAAGCACAAGAAAUGAAAUACUUACUUCAAAACCCAAUAGGCAUAUCAUUGAUUGAUUCAGCUCAAAACUGUUUACAGUACUUUGAUAUUUUUAGAAAAACUUCCAUGCCUGUUUUACAAUGUGCUUAUUUUCUUCAGCUUUACCAUAUAUUUGCCCCUGAAGAUGGAGAUGAUGGAGAUGGUGCAGACACCUAUGCUCUCAACUCCAUGAUCGUGAGAAUGGCUUAUUCUAUGGGACUAAAUAGAGAGCCAGACAAUUUUAAGGACGUUUUAAAUGACAAAAGACAAAACCAUUUGGGGAGAAAAAUAUGGCAUUUUUUGGUUAUUGGAGAUGUACAUAAUUCUUAUGCUUUUGGAACUCCUAAACUAAUCAGUGAUGAUUUUUAUGAUACAAAGAUUCCCUUUAUUGAAGAAGGCAAUGAAAACUUAAUUGAUAAGAGUUUGGAUCAAUAUGUAACCAGACUGGUAUUCCCCGGGUAUCUGGUUUACAAUUCAGUAGAUCAAAUUUUAAAAUUGAUUCUUAGUGUAUCAGGACGACUGAAGGUAUCAGAGAUUUGCAAAUUAUUGAACCAAUUCGAGAUUGGUAUAGCUGAGCAAUAUGGAACUUUGAGUAAUUGUUUAGAGCCCAAGGAGAAUUUAAUUCAUAUUUUUGCUCGUAACAUGCCGGUAAAAAUGUACAUUUCAUUAAAAUCUUUUUUGGUGUCAGUAUACUUUCAUUUGUUUUUAUACUAUGAACACAAAAAUGACUCUUUGUCGUUCUUUUAUUUGAGAAAAAUUCUUAAAACAGGAGCUGGUGAUAUAAUGCCACAUUAUUUUGAAUUAUUGGGGAAUAGUGAAGUUGUUUGUGACAUGGUGAUCAAUCCGAAGUUAAUUCAAAUCAUCCACAAAGCUAACCAGAUUAAUAUCGCUCUUAUUAUUCGGGUCAAUAUGAGCAUUUACAGAAUGAAGUCUCUGAAGCUUCAUGCUGAAAAUUGUAAAAAUGAUGAUUUUUACUAUUCGUAUUACAAGGAAUUAUGCAAGUUUUCCUCCUGUUUGACAAGAUGUGCUGAGGUUGGAAUCGCAGCUGUGUCAAAAUUAAGUACCAGGUAUUAUUAUGCAUGGAAGAUUACAAAGGGUCAUAACUUUUUGUUGAAAACUAUUACUUCUAUGGAAUUCUAUGAAAAAGAAGUAAUGAAUUCUCAAGACAUUACAUUGCCAAAGUACAAGUUGGAGCAAAUUGUCGAUUUGGAAAGUAUAUGUGAGGUGGCAUUGAAUAAAUUGGGUAAAACACAAGUUAUGGGUGAUGAAUUUUGUUCAAAUGUUAAUUAUAGAAAGUAUAAGGGUGACCAGACGUAUUCAACUUCUUCCGAGUCUAGCUCUACACCUAAUAAGGACUCUCCAUUAGACUCUAGAAAAUAUACCAAUGAUUUUGGUUUGGAUUUAGUGAAUAAUCAAGAGAUUGACAAAAUCUGGUUGCAAAUGUUAUCUAUGAAGAACGAUCAAGCCCAACUGCAGAGACAACAGGAACUGCAACUGAUGGCGGCUUCGCAGUUGCAAUCAAAAUCGCCGUUUGCCUCAGCACACCAAAGUUACAUGCCACGACCAGAACUGAGGAGAGGUAGCUACUAUGGUAAUUCACCUUUUACUUUGGAUAACUUUAAUUUUGAUGGAUUCGGUGGACAAAGUAGAAGUUCUAACAAUGGAGAAGUUGAUCUCAGUUCGUUUGAUUUCUUUACCGAUUUGCCAUUUGAUCAACUUUUUACCAAUUGA